UAAGGAGUUUGUGGAUACAAUUUUCGAUGAGCCGCAGGUGGCGGCCUAAGAACCAGACGGACCGUGGGAAUACGGUCACACCGUUCGUGAAGAAUUGCCCAUGGACGGGCCCUCGGGAUCGCAGAACGACGCCGCUGUCCUGAAGGAUACAACUACGGGACCACAGCUAUUCGACAUGAAUGCCACAGAGCAUCUGCUUCCACAAGCAAAUCAUGAGGUUCUCUAUAUCGAUCCUAGAAAGUUGGUUUUGGUCCCGGAUGAGAUGCAAACGGGGACCGGUUCGACGCUGGGGUUGCAAGAGGAAGCGGGCUUGCUGAGUGAGAAUAGCGGCAUGAACGCUCCAUAUGGCAGAAUGGCCGUAGCUCCUGCAAUGUCGCUGCUUCCCCGAGCCCGGGGGCAUGUCGAUCAACUCAACUUCAAGAAGCGCAACCUGCCCCGCCGAGGGGGAUACCCGGGUGCUACAACCACACACUGCCACCGGGUGAGGUUCGAGUGUAUCAAUUCACAGAACAGCAGGACCCUCCAGAGCAUGUUUGUGGUAGGCCAUAUCAUGCAGUUUUCAGUUGGGCAGCUCCAUACAACGUGGACCUGGGGGAGCUGGGAGACCUCGGAGUCACCGGUAUCGAAUGCCUCGCGGUAAGUAGCUUCCGCGCUAGUAGUUGAUUCACACUCGACUGGCCAAUGAUUAGUUUUUCCCGGCCCAUUGCGCAUGGCACGAUUACGUUACUCGCUUUUACCUGAGCGGUUGAAGCUCCCAGGAAAU